ACACGACACGAAACGACACGAACGUAACCGACGGUCCAGAUCGGAUAUCUUCUCUCCCCUGCCGCGAUCUCGCGUCCGCACGAUCCGUGGAAUUCCCACCAGAUCGACAUCCUCCUCGUCCACGUUGUUGACUCUGUCGCGAACGUGAGAGCCCGACUUCACUCCGCACGACGCUUCCUCGGAAUCAGGUUCUUGAAAAAUUCCACUUCCGUUUUCGCGAGGUUGCGUUCCGCUCGGCUCCCGAAUCCGAUCCCGCAGGCCUUCGCAGUUCGGCUUCUCCGGUCGUGGGUUUCUUCUCGCCGGAGUUGGGUUCGUCUCCAUCCCGUCUCAGGUGCAUUUCCAAGAUCGGUUCGCUCUUGCGCGAUCGAUUGUAAUGCUGGGUUUUUGCUUCGCCCGGUCCCUUUUGGGUGGCGGUUGACGUGAUGUGAUCGGGUUGGAUUUGCGAGUCCGUGUUGGCUUCGACAUGGAGGGAACCAUUUUUGCUCCCUCAUUGGAGGGCAUGAAGCACGUCAAGUCAGAAGAAGGGGAAAUGCUGACCAAGCCUUUUCUUGAUGUGUGCAAACUGAUUUUGCCUGUCAUUGAAAAGUUUGGUGCUGCUAUGGCACUGGUUAAAUCUGACAUUGGUGGAAAUAUAUCAAGGCUGGAAGCUAAGUAUGAAUCCAAUCCAACUCAAUUCAAACUCUUGUACAGUAUGGUACGAGUAGAGGUUGAAGCUAAAACAUCCAAGGCAUCCUCUAGUUGCACAAAUGGACUUCUUUGGUUGACAAGAGCCAUGGAUUUUCUGGUUGAACUGUUUCGCAACUUGCUUACUCAUCCUGAUUGGACGAUGUCACAAGCUUGCUCGGAUUCUUAUGGGAAGACUCUCAAAAAGUGGCAUGGCUGGCUUGCAAGCUCAAGUUUCACUGUCGCCAUGAAGCUUGCUCCUGAUAGGAAGAAGUUCAUGGAUGUGAUAGGCGGCUCUGGUGACGUGAAUGCUGACAUGGAGCAAUUCUGCAGCACCUUUUCUCCUCUUCUGGAGGAGAAUCACAAGUUUCUGGCUAGUGUUGGCUUGGACGAUCUGAAAGCUUCGUAAUGAAUCAAACCUACCAAGGGCGGCCUGCUUCUAGCACACUCAUAAGCUUCCCCGUCCAUGCAUUGCUUUUCAAUCUACAUAUACUAAACUAUCGGUCGUUGAACGUGGUUCAUAUUAAUUUGGGAAGGUUGCCGACUACUGUAGGAGACUCUGGAAUUUAAAACUUAAGCUUAUAUUCUAAUCAUCUGCUGUAUUUUUUUCUGCGGCUAGCUUGUUUGGAAACGAAAACUAGAGUUUGGACUUGAAUGUGAGAGGCUGAGACCGCGACCCAUUUUGCAAAACACCGUAAGCAUUAUGUUUGGUCAGAAA